ACAAAAUCUAGUAAAAUUCUCGCUUUUCGGAUAUAAAAAAACAGUAAAGGAUAGCCUUAUACAAUGUCUGUUGAAGGUCAAGAUGAGGCUACUAGUGAACAAACUAAUGAUGCAGCUGGUGACAUAAAAGUAGAGUCUCCAACUGGUGGAGAGCCUUCACAAGAAGAGGCUAAAGUUCCAGACAUUGCGAUUGGAGAAGAUGGUGUUGAUGCUGUCAGUGUCAACGAGACUGGUGAUGCUGAUGCCAAGUCCACCACAGGCAGUGAGAAAGGGAGUGUAGUAGAAGGCAGUGAGAAAGGGGAGGUAGAUGCACAGCUCGAAGAAGAUGUUGAAGCCCUCAAAGAUGAACUUGCCAAGAUUGUGGUAGAACAUCCUAAAACUGAAAUUGAACCAGCUGAAAUAUUUGAUGAAAGUGAAUUUCCCAGUUCAUACAAAGCAAAUGGUCGGAAAGAAAAGCUGGUCCUUGGCUAUGCUGAUAACUUCAGGAGACAAUAUGUUCACUUGUAUCGUGAUAGGAAACCAUUGUUUUUGAACCCAACAAAUGAGUGUGGUGUAGAGAAAUUUGUGUGCACCACUAUCCGAGUAACAAAACUGCCAUUUCCAGAGGUAUAUGACUGGGAUGGAGCUGCAGAGUUUGUGGCAGAUUAUUUGAAUUUCAUUCCUUUAGAUCCUGCAACAGACCUGCCAAAGAGGCUUUAUGCCCCAACCACAAUUUUAAAAAGACAAAAAGGCAACUCCUUUGACUACAGUACAUUGUUGUGUUCCUUGCUACUCGGUGUUGGUUAUGAUGCCUAUGUGGUCAGUGGCUACGCAACCAGGGAGAUGUGUCUCAUGGAUGAGACAAGGGAGAUAUGUCCACUUCUCAAGAAGAAAGAAGAGGUGAAAGUUGAAGAGCAACAAAAAGAGCCAAAGAAAUACACUGUGAAACCUCCAAAAGAUCUAAGGAGUAAAUAUGAGAUCAAGAUGGAUCAGAGAGAGAUCGAUAGAGAGAAAAACGAUAAGUUAAGACAGAGGAGAGAGGAGGAACAAAGACAAGCAGAAUUGGAAAAGCCACCACCAGACCCUCUCCAUGGCUUGAGAGUUCACUCCUGGGUUAUGAUUCUGCCCGGCAAGAGGGAGGUACCGGAGGGCUUCUACAUCGAGCCUUUUACUGGCAUCGCCCAUCCUCUGGACAGCAGCAACUAUCUUGGUAUAGAAAGCGUGUGGAACCAUCAGAACUACUGGGUUAACAUGCAGGACUGCUCAGAGGGAGUUAAGAAUUUGAAAUAUGACCUAGGUGAUUGCACGUUAUGGGAGUUCAUGUUCCCUGGCAAUGACAAGCCGAUCCUGCAGAUUCCUGAUGCCAUGGAGGAUGAAUAUGAUUAUGAUGACGAUGAGCAAGAAGAGGAGGAGGUCGAGAAACACUUAGACAUGCCACCAUCUUGGAUCUUGCCCAUCGAAAUCUCACCAAGAGAUUUUCAGAUGCGAUGCCCUCAGGGAAAGAAAACCAAGCUGUAUAAGCGAGCUAAGUUGGAGAAGUUUGCUCCGUAUCUGGUUAGGGAUGGCAUCGUCUGCCGGCUCUCUAUUUAUGAUGACAAAGAAUUGACUGACUGCAUCAUGGUGAAGGAGUUUUACAAAAAUCGAGCCGACAAGCUUGAGCAGAGGAUUCACAAUCACAGGACGGGCUGGAUCACAGAAUAUUAUUCUCCAGGGAGGCAGCGAAACCUAAAAGAACACACUUACAAGGCCAAUUCACCGGGGCCUGAAAAUGACCGCACGAUGAUCUUCUAUAACGAGGCUCGAGUGGAUGGUUUGGUGAAGAGGGAAGAGACACCAGUCUCUAUGACAGAACAUUUCGUCAACAGAGCAGACUUUCUGUACUACAGAACCGUGGAGUUUGGCAAACGAGCGAAGAAAUUUGGACCGGCUGAUGUGAUCACAUCACGACCAAUUUUUAAAAUCGUUGAGAAAUUCAACCGUAAUCAGAAGAAGCCUGCCGGUGAAGAUGUCGAGGAGCGGGUAUUCCACAUCUCAGAGGAAAAGAUCCAGCUGACAUAUCACACGGAAGAUCCUCGGGUCUCGUCAUCAAUCCGGGAAUUCAUCAAACCACAUAACGCAGAUGAGAAGGGUGCCACCCUGAUCAUGUCAUCAGACAUGCAUGUCACGUUCCAAGUGGACCCAACGUCAAAGCAGAAGAAGAAUGUGGAGCUGUAUCAGAUGAUGCUGGCACUCCUCGAGGCUGAGGAACAGAGUAGGACAACUGUCAGGCAGUCAGAGGAAGAGGUGUGUGAGAUCUUGAAUGAACGGACAAAGGAAGAGGCGAUUUCCGAGCUUGACAUCUCAGUUUAUGACACCGAAAGGAAUGAAAAAGCCAAGAAACACAGGAAAGAACUGGAGAAGCAGUUGGCCGAAGAAAAGAAGCGUAAACAAGAGAUGGAGAUUGACUACCUCGCCCCGUUCUUAGCUCAGAUCGGCGAUCCGGAGAAGAUCUUGCGGGCGCAAGCAUUUAGACUGAAAGAAGACUGCUUAGCCGACCUCAAGCAGCGACUAAUUGACAAGGCUAACCUCAUACAAGCAAGAUUCGAAAAGGAGACGCAAGAUCUACAGAAGCGCCAGCAGUGGUACCAGCAGCAUCAGGUCUCCAUGCAGAAAGACGAUGAGGAUGAGUACCUCAAUUACUGCAGUGAAGCCAUGUUCAGGAUCCACAUACUCGAGCUUAGGCUCAACAGACACAAGGAGAUGGCUCCCCACAAAUACAUGCAGUUGGAACAGAAGCUCAGGAAUGAUUCGCGGCUGGCAGAGUACUUCUAAACAUUCUGGGAAAAGGAUACAAACACUUUCACUUUAUAGCUCCGUGGAAAACAUCGCAUGAAACAGACCAUGGGCAAGACAUUAGAGAUUCUGGACUUUUAAUUAUUUGCUUAUAUUUCCGAUGGGAUGUUUCGAAACUCUGAAAUAUAUAUUCUUGGUCUUUUACUGGUGAUAAUGAAACCUGAGCGAGAAGUUUUGCAUUGACGACAACUGAUACAAUGUCAGGUGAAGUCAUGUAAAUACUCAUGUAUGUCAAAGUGUAUUUUGAUGUCCACUUUGAGGAUAAUUAAAAGUUGACAUUAAAAGUUGAGCCCAAGGAUAAUCAUGUCUGCAUCCUGAAGUACAGGCUUGUAAACAUCUACAUGUACAUUUAUUUGCAAGUUAACUUCUUUGCCGUCCGUCUGACUGUUGAACUUCGUCCCUCAGCAUUCAGUUCACUUAUCAUACAUUUUUGAUUUAGCUAUCCGUCCAAUGAUUUUUCGUGAUUUCGAUCAAGUCCCAAUGAAAUUUUGGUGGUUUACUGUGUUGAUCUUGCCCAAAUUGAAGAUGUAAGAUAACAAAAUAUUCAUGUACAUAGUACCUUCCGCCCUUUUGUACAUAUAUAUUUUUGUUGGAAUAAAAUCAUAUUUGAAAA